UUUCAGGGGGGCGUUUGUGAGUGCAGUAGUGGCGGGUGUGUGAGUGUGUGUGGAGACAGGGCAUCAGGGCUGCUCUCUCUCUCUCUCUCUUUCCCCCAUCCUCCUACUAUUCCUCCUCCUCCUCCUCCUCAAGUAGCGAUUGCUGCUGCUACUCGAAGAAGAAGGAUUGCUGACCGUUCAGGUGUAAGGAGGGAACCUUGACCUCCGUCAACCCGUAAAAACCAAAAUGGCUGUUGGGUUGGCGAGGUCAGUCCUCGUGGCUGCCAUAUUGCUGUCAGGGUCACUCCUAGUUCUCUACCCAGUUUGUGGUGAAAACCCCUCGUAUUCGGAAUGCCGCCCACACAUAGACGCCACCAUCAGAGACCUCGCUGCCAAGGCUAUCGUGGCAGGAGAGACGCCCUCCGAGGGGCUGGAACACCUGGAUUACGCUACUGCUGAAGAAAUCGCUGCACCAGCAGCCGUCGAAGAUGGAGGAAAGGCAAAGGAAGCCAAGGCUCCGGAACCUGCCCCACCUGCAGAAGCACCUCCACCUGCUGUAGAGGAGCCACCAGCUCCAGCCCCAGUUGCUGUAGAGGAGCCACCAGCACCGGCAGUUGUAGAGGAGCCACCACCAGCACCAGUUGUUGUUGAGGAGCCACCACCAGCACCAGCAGUAGUAGCAGAGCCACCAGCACCAGUUGCUGUUGAGGAGCCCCCAGCACCAGCACCAGUAGUGGUAGAGGAACCAGCACCACCACCAGCCCCUGAACCAGUCGCUGUAGAGGAGCCAGCAGCAGCUCCCGAACCACCAAAGGCCCCUGAGCCUGAAAUCCCCGUGGCUCCCCCACCAGCCGCGCCUGUGGUGGUCGAGGAAGCCCCAGCUAAACAGGCAGCAGACUCAGCGGCCGAUGAUAGUGACGAGGGCCUUGAUGAUGAUGACGAUGAUGAUGAUGAUGAUGAUGAUGAUGAUGGUGGUGACGACGAAGAUGAAGAUGAAGAUGAUGCUGCUGAUGACGAAGAGGAAGUGGCUGUCGUGAAGGGACAAGACGCAGAAGACGACUUGGAUGACGAUGAAGAAGCGUCACAAGACGAUGAGGACGACGGACGACGACGAAGAAGAAGAAGAGGAAAGAGGAAGAUGAAGAUGAAGAUGAAGGAAGAUGAGGAAGAAGCUGUAGAAGAAGAGGAAGAUGAAGAUGAAGAUGAGGAAGAUGAGGAAGAAGCUGUAGAUGAAGAGGAAGAUGAAGAUGAAGAUGAGGAAGAUGAGGAAGAAGCUGUAGAAGAAGAGGAAGAUGAAGAUGAAGAUGAGGAAGAUGAGGAAGAAGUCGUAGAUGAAGAGGAAGAUGAAGAGGAAGAUGAGGAAGAUGAGGAAGAAGCUGUAGAAGAAGAGGAAGAUGAAGAUGAAGAUGAGGAAGAUGAGGAAGAAGCUGUAGAAGAAGAGGAAGAUGAAGAUGAAGAUGAGGAAGAUGAGGAAGAAGUGGAGAAGAAGAGGCAAGAGAAGAUGAAAGAUGAGGAAGAUGAGGAAGAAGCUGUAGAUGAUGAGGAAGAUGAAGAGGAAGAUGAGGAAGAUGAGGAAGAUGAAGAAGAUGUGGAAGAAGCUGUAGAAGAGGAAGAUGAGGAAGAUGAGGGAAGACGAGGAAGAAAGUAAGAAGGAGUGAAGGAAGAUGAGGAAGAAGCUGAAGAAGAGGAAGAUGAGGAAGAUGAGGAAGAUGAAGAAGAUGAGGAAGAAGCUGUAGAAGAGGAAGAUGAGGAAGAUGAGGAAGAUGAAGAAGAUGAGGAAGAAGCUGUAGAAGAGGAAGAUGAGGAAGAUGAGGAAGAAGCUGUAGAAGAGGAAGAUGAGGAAGAUGAAGAAGAUGAGGAAGAAGCUGUAGAAGAGGAAGAUGAGGAAGAUGAGGAAGAUGAAGAAGAUGAGGAAGAAGCUGUAGAAGAGGAAGAUGAGGAAGAUGAGGAAGAUGAGGAAGAAGCUGUAGAAGAGGAAGAUGAGGAAGAUGAGGAAGAUGAAGAAGAUGAGGAAGAAGCUGUAGAAGAGGAAGAUGAGGAAGAUGAAGAAGAUGAGGAAGAAGCUGUAGAAGAGGAAGAUGAGGAAGAUGAAGAAGAUGAAGAAGAUGAGGAAGAAGCUGUAGAAGAGGAAGAUGAGGAAGAUGAGGAAGAUGAGGAAGAAGCUGUAGAAGAGGAAGACGCUGUAGAAGAGGAAGAUGAGGAAGAAGCUGUAGAAGAGGAAGAUGAGGAGGAAGAUGAUGAAGAUGCUGUAGAAGAUGAAGAUGAAGAUGAGGAAGAUGAUGAUGAUGAGGAGGAGGAGGAAGAGAAAGCCUCUGCAGUAGAAGAGAAAAUAAUUCCAGGUAGAGAUCCCAAAUGGUCAAAGCCCUGGAAGACGCACGAGGAGUUCCAGGACAAGCCCGAGGCUGAACCAGUUAUAGUAAAGGUAGUCAGGGAUCCUAAGUGGGCAAAGCCCUGGAAGACUCACCCUGAAUUCCAGGACAAACCAGAAGUACCAGCUGAAGAGAACGUUGUAGAGAAAGUUGAAAGAGAUCCCAAGUGGGCUAAGCCCUGGAAGACUCACCCAGAAUUCCAGGACAAACCAGAGGAACCAGUUGUCGUUGUUGAGAAAGUUGAAAGAGAUCCCAAGUGGGCUAAGCCCUGGAAGACUCACCCUGAAUUCCAGGACAAACCGGAAGUUCCAGCUGUUGUCGUUGUUGAGAAAAUUGAACGAGAUCCUAAGUGGGCUAAGCCCUGGAAGACUCACCCAGAAUUCCAGGACAAACCAGAGGAACCAGUUGUCGUUGUUGAGAAAGUUGAAAGAGAUCCCAAGUGGGCUAAGCCCUGGAAGACUCACCCUGAAUUCCAGGACAAACCGGAAGUCCCAGCUGUUGUCGUUGUUGAGAAAAUUGAAACGAGAUCCCAAGACAAACCAGAAGUGCCAGUUGUAGAGAAACUUGUAGAGAAAGUUGAAAGAGAUCCCAAGUGGGCUCAACCCUGGAAGACUCACCCUGAAUUCCAGGACAAACCAGAAGUCCCAGCUGUAGAAAAAGUUGUUGCAGAGAAAGUUGCAAGAGAUCCUAAGUGGGCUCAACCCUGGAAGACUCACCCUGAGUUCCAAGACAAACCGGAAGUCCCAGCUGUAGAAAAGGUUGUUGCAGAAAAAGUUGAGAGAGAUCCCAAGUGGGCUCAACCCUGGAAGACUCACCCUGAAUUCCAGGACAAACCGGAAGUCCCAGCUGUUGUCGUUGUUGAGAAAGUUGAAAGAGAUCCUAAGUGGGCUAAGCCCUGGAAGACUCACCCUGAAUUCCAGGACAAACCAGAAGUGCCAGUUGUAGAGAAACUUGUAGAGAAAGUUGAAAGAGAUCCCAAGUGGGCUCAACCCUGGAAGACUCACCCAGAAUUCCAAGACAAGCCAGAAAAGGCAGCUGUAGAAAAGGUUGUUGCAGAGAAAGUUGCAAGAGAUCCCAAGUGGGCUCAACCCUGGAAGACUCACCCAGAAUUCCAGGGCAAACCAGAGAAGGCAGCUGUAGAAAAAGUUGUUGAAAAAGUUGAGAGAGAUCCCAAGUGGGCUCAACCCUGGAAGACUCACCCAGAAUUCCAGGGCAAACCAGAGAAGGCAGUUGUAGAAAAAGUUGUUGAAAAAGUUGAAAGAGAUCCCAAGUGGGCAAAACCAUGGCAGACUCAUAAGUUCCUCGAUGAACAGCCUCAAAAGCCAGCUAUAUCAGCUGAAAGCUCCACGAGCACGGUCUACCAUGACACAUCUUCUCACCCGUAUAGACAUUAUUACACUGUUCUUUACACAAUAUGUGAAUUGUGUCUUAACACUCAUCUCCAAAGUGCCACACCAGCUGAGACCGUCCAAAAGCCACCAACACCCGAGAAAGAAGCUCCAAAAAAGAAACCUUCCAUAGGCAUAAUGAACAGGAUUAUUGAUGUCCUCUUUGGUCUUCCAAAGGGCCCAAGAGAUCCUAAAUGGGCUGAGCCAUGGCAAACCCACAAAGAGUUCCAGAAAGCCCCGAAAGAGGCUAAGGAAGCUAAGCCUGCAAAAGUUCAAGCCUCAGGUGGCAUCAUCAACAGCAUUGUCACUUUAAUCUUCGGAUCCACAAAGGGCGAACGGGAUGCCAAGUGGGCUCAACCAUGGCAGACCCACAAAGAACAUCAGAAAGCAGCCAAGGCAGAUGAAUCUGCUGCCCAUCCCAAGAAAGUGCAGCCCUCUGGAGGAGGAAUAAUCGACAAGAUUGUGACCUUGAUCUUUGGCAAGACGACACAAACGCGUGACUCGAAAUGGGCCCAACCAUGGCAGACGCACCAAGAGCACAAGAAGUCUGAGAAACCGGCUGCAGUGAAAGAAGCAGCCAAGGUGGCCCACGGUGCCUCCGGUGGCAUCAUCGACAAAUUCGUGAGGCUUAUUUUCCCAAUUCCAGAUGGUAUCAAGCGCGAUGCUAAGUGGGCGCAGCCUUGGCAGACUCACCCUGAACAUAAGAGACAAGCUGAUCCAGCUGCGAAACCAGAGGCAAAGAAAACGGCACCAGUAGUCGCAUCUUCUGGUGGCAUCAUUGACUCCAUAGUCAGAAUGGUAUUCCCAAUUCCAAAGGACAUCAAGCGUGACCCAAAAUGGGCUCAGCCGUGGCAGACUCACCCUGAGCACAAGAGAGAAGCAGUCGCAAAAGUGCCCGAAGAGAAGAAAGUCGCCGCUGUUCCCUCCGGAGGAAUUAUCGAUAAACUCAUUAAACUUGUAUUCCCAGUCCCUAAAGAUACAAAUAGAGAUCCAAAAUGGGCCCAGCCUUGGCAGACACACCCCGAGCACUCUAGAAAACCCGUAGAAGGAGAAGCACCCAAAGAAAAGAAAGUGGUUGCUGCCGCAGGAGGUGGUAUUCUUGACAGCCUCAUCAAACUGAUAUUCCCCACCCCUCCCGGCGGUAUCAAACGGGACCCGAAGUGGGCGCAGCCGUGGCAGACGCACAAGGACGUAGGAUUGAGAGGCUCCGCCCCGCCUCCAGCUGCAGCAGCACCGGAAACCAAACCCGCUCCUGCUGUGGAGCCUGCCCCAGCCCCAGCCCCAGCCCCUAAACCAGAAGUUCCUGCUCCUAAACCGGCCCCAGCACCGGUCUUGCCACCAGCGCCAGCACCGGCCCCAGCCCCUGUACCUGUAGCUGAACCAGCCCCUGCUCCUAAACCUGAACCAGCUCCAGCCCCAAAACCAGAGCCGAAGCCUGUGGUAGUAGCAGCACCCACUCCUGCAGAACCUGUGCCAGAACCUCCCAAACCGAAAGCAUCGUUUCCCGCUGAAGAGGUGGCAGGUGACACGGAAGAUGAAGAGGGUAUCGAAGUAGAAGAAGAAGAAGAUGAAGACGUAGAAGAAAUUGCUGUUGGAAAGGAUGAUGCAACCGAUGACGAUGAAGGUUUCGAAGAAGGUGAGGAAGAAGAUGAUGAUGAUGAUGAGGUGGAUGAAGAGGAAGAAGCUGAAGAAGUAGAUGAGGAUGAAGAGGAAGAAGAAGCUGAUGAAGUAGAUGAAGAAGAAGAUGAAGAGGAAGAAGCUGAGGAAGUAGAUGAAGAUGAAGAUGAGGAAGAUGAGGAAGAAGCUGUAGAAGAAGAUGAAGAUGAAGAUGAAGAUGAGGAAGAAGCUGAGGAAGUAGAUGAAGAUGAAGAUGAGGAAGAUGAGGAAGAAGCUGUAGAAGAAGAUGAAGAUGAGGAAGAUGAGGAAGAAGCUGAAGGAGUAGAUGAAGAUGAAGAUGAGGAAGAUGAGGAAGAAGCUGUAGAAGAAGAGGAAGAUGAAGAUGAAGAUGAGGAAGAUGAGGAAGAAGCUGUAGAAGAAGAUGAAGAUGAAGAUGAAGAUGAGGAAGAAGUUGUAGAAGAAGAAGGAAGAAUGAAGAAUGAAGAUUGUCAAGUCGUCACCGAGGAGGAGGGUCCCUCCAAAAGCGCCGACGAAAAAGUGGGCGAUGGCAAAGCCUUUCCUGACGAAGGUCAGGACGAAGAAGAAGAAGAUACUGACGAUGAAGAAGAAGGAGAAGAAGAAGACGAUGAUGAUGAAGGAACACCAGCAGCAACUGCUGAAGGUGCGGGUGGAGUUGCUAAGGACGCCCCAGCUGCUGACAAGCCAGUGGCUGAUGCCCCCAAAGCCCCGGAACAGCAAGUACUGGAGGAGGCACCGAAGAAGGAACCUGCUCAAGAACCUGCGCCGAAGGAGGAGGAGGAACAGAUUGUCGUAGUUCCAUCAGCCUACAGGUCCCGCGAGACGCUCGAGGCCAUCCUCGGCCUGGACGAGACCUCCCAGGACACGGCAGCCCGCACCGACCCCAUCGCCGAAGCCACCUUGAAAGACCUCAAGAAGAUCUAUGAGACCACAAUCAAGCCCCUGGAGACGCUCUACAAGUACCAGGACAUCUCCAACCGACACGUUUCGGACGCCGAGCUGUUCGGCACGCCCCUCAUUCUCCUCGUCGGCCCCUACUCGACGGGAAAGUCGACCUUCCUCAACUAUCUCAUGGGUGUCGAGUUCACGAAGCGAGCACUCAAGACUGGGACCCCUCCCAGCCACGGUGUGUUCCGAGUGAUCCAAUACGGAGAAACCGACAGAGAACUGGACGGCACAGAACUCAGCGCUCACUGGUCCUUCACGUCGCUCCAGAAAUUCGGGCAGAACUUCAUUGACCAACUCCAGGGGAGGUCCCUCAACUGCCCUCUGCUCAAGAAGGUGACCUUCGUCGAAGCCCCCGGAAUCCUGGAGAUGCGACGACCAGGCGAGAGGCUGUACCCAUUCAACGACGUCGUCCAGUGGUUCAUCGACCGCGCCGACCUCAUCCUCGUGAUGUUCGACUACACUAAACUCGACGCCGGCUACGAGCUGGAAGCCAUACUCGACCAGCUGAAGGGACGGGAGUCCCAGUCACGCAUCUUGCUGAACAAGGCCGACCAGGUGCCCCCAGAGGAGCUGAUCAAGGUCCAGGGAAGCCUCUUCUGGAACCUGAGCCCUCUUCUGGGCGUCUCGACCCCGCCCACUGUUUACGCGGGCUCGUUCUCUGCGCGCCCUUACAAGACGUCGUCUCCUGCUAAACUGUUCCAGGCGCAGGAGGAGGCCCUACUGAACGACAUCGCCAAGGCCGUCAACACGAGGGUCGACAACCGCAUCGCCAUCGCCCGCAGGCACGCUGUGCGUGUCAGGAACCACGCGCAGAUGGUGGACACCUACCUGACGACGUUCUACAAGAACAAAGGGUUCCUGACGAGCAAGCACAAGCUGGCGGAGGACAUCAUCGAGAACCCCCACUCCUACAACAUCUACGAGGGCAUGAGCCUCCUGACCAACAUCUCCCGUUACGACCUGCCCGAUCCUGAGGUCUACCGGGACUUCUUCAGAGUGCACAACCUCUACGACUUCCAGACCCUCCGUGAGACCUGCUCCUACUUCCGAGGGUGUCCUCUGCACAAGAUCGACAACGCCAUCAGCUCCGACCUCCCGGAGCUGUUGGACCGCAACCGACGGCUCCUGGAAGCAGCCCUGGCUUCCCCGGGAUCACGGGCGGUCCCCCGCGACGCCCCCGUGCCCGCCCCGCCGGUCAGGGGGUCAGUGCCCGCUGCCGCUACUCACGCACAGACCUCCUGAGCACUUCACAAGGCGACCCCCACCCGACCACAGGUGACGCCCCAGUGUGUGAGUUGCUGCCGAGGCGUGGUGGGGACUCCCGCCAGACGACAGAAGUAGGAGAACAUUGAAACAUUGAGAUAGGGACAUCUGGCCAGACGACAGUGCCUGAAGAAGAAGAGGAAGAGUGAUAGGAACAUCUGGGACAUAUGGCCAGGCGGGAGUGAGGCGGAGUCAGCAGGUCAGGUCACGCCCCCGUCUCACCCCCGCGAGCUAUUUAUACACAUACUGCCUGCAGUAGGCGGCGGUGGCGAAGGUGGCCAGACACUGCCCUGCCGCUGCUGCCUUCAGUGCAUCCGCAUUUCGACGACCUACUGGAGACUUUUAAAACAAAAAGUGUUGCUGUUUCUGAUUCGCGAGGAGGAGGACAUUUAAGGCGUCUCUCUCUCUCUCUCUCUCUCUCUCUCUCUCUCUCUCUCUCUCUCUCUGUGUGUGUAAGAGUUCAUCGUCAGGUUACUGCAAGACCGCCAAACAUAACCUCACUUCAAGAAGGUAUAGCCAGAUACAGAGAGAAAGCAGCUUGAUACACACACACUUUCUCUCUCUCUCUCUCUCUCUCUCUCUCUCUUUUUCUCUCUCUCUCUCUCUAUUCCUUCUCGUUCGUCUCCGAGACUGGCAGCACUUCCAAACCCCUGCAUUCCCACCACGUUUCAAUGGUCCACGAUAGCUCAGCGAUGGUAUUUCAUCCAGGCUUAUUAAUUUUUUGUUUCUCUUUCGUGUGUCUCAGAAUUGAUACAUUCGUCGUUCUGCUGUUUUUGUUUUUGUUGUCGUUGUCGCUGUUGUUGUUAUUGUUGUUUAUUCAUUUAUUUCUUACUUUGUUUUCGCUGCUUCUAUUUCUUCUCUCGAUCUGUUUUCGCUGAUUCUUCCCCCGCUUCCGGUAACGUGACGCCACAAAGAUAUAAAUCUACAGCUCCCCCCCAAAAAAAUAUGACCUGGCGGUGGGGUGCGGGGGAGCCACCUUGGGGUACUCCUCCUCAACUAGGGAGGUGGUGCCCUUGGUUGCCCUGCACAAAAAAAAAAAAAAAAAUCAGACAGCAAAAAUGAAAAAUAAAAACUUUGACCAGACGCGCAAAAGAAGCACCAAAAAUAUAUUUUUAAAAAACCAUAAAACCCGUGAGGAAAACUCAAGAUUCCUGCCCACCAUGUCGAGUCUUCGAGCAUUCCAGAACCGCACUGGUAGUAGUUCCAGCGAGGAUUGGAAACUGGAUCCACAACACGUUCAUUCCAGAACCACACUGGUAGUGGUUCCAGAGAGGAAGGGAAGCUGUAUCCUCAGUAGUUCCAGCGAGGAAGGGAGACUGGAUCCACAACACGUUCAUUCCAGAACCACACUGGUAGUGGUUCCAGCGAGGAAGGGAAACUGGAUCCACAGUAGUUCCAGCAAAGAAGAGAAACGUGAUCUUCCACAGUAGUUCCAGCGAGGAAGAGAAACUUGAUCCUCCACAGCAGUUCCAGCGAGGAAGGGAAACUGCAUCUUCAACAGUUCCAGUGAGGAAGGGAGACUGGAUCUUCAACGGUUCCAUCGAGGAAGGGAAACUGGAUCUUCCACAGUAGUUCCAGCGAGGAAGGGAGACUGGAUCCACAGUGGUUCCAGUGAGGAAGGGAAAGUGGAUCCACAGUAGUUCCAGCGAGGACUGGAAACUGGAACCAUAAUACGUAUUCUCUUGCAAUCAAACGUUUAUCUAUAUCUACAAACGUUCCGUUUAUCGUUUUUUCACACGAAGUGGGCCAAUAAUGAAAAUGCUUCCCCUCCCCCCGAAAAAAACUAAAACCAGCCGUUCUAGACUUAGAAGUUUAAAAGCAGCCUUCCAGAUCACGCCAAGAUUGAAAUCGAAGCUCGGGUCUCUUGCUGCCGCGCUUCUAACCGAGGAAGCGAAUGUCAGAAGACCUUUACUCGUUCCAAGGACUUUUUUUUCAAAACACAAUCAACUAGACUUAAGUUUUUAUAUAUAUAAUGAAAUCGAAGGAUGAGUACAAUCUAGUCAGUUUGUUCUUAAAGCCGAGAGCUCGGAUGCCUUGGGUGUUCCAAGCCUGCGUAUUGAAGGUGAUAAUGAUGAAGAUGAUGAUGACGACGUAGAAUAUUUCGUGGUAGUCAUAAUUCGCUAAAAUGUAGCUGCGUUCUCUCUUUGUAAACAGCGUGCGGUAACUAUAGCAGUACACGCUACACAUAGCAGACUUAGCUAACUGUAAGUACCAUCUGCUACACAUAGCAACGCCUUAUGACGCUCAUUCAUCGGUGACUCUUAGGCAGUUUUCUCACUGAUCCACUUCACAGGAAGAUAUAAUUAAGGCGAAUUAUGACUGCCCCUUCACUUGGCACCCAGCGAUAGGCACGCCCUCUGCUGUCGUGUUUCAGUUGCUGUUUUUUUAUGAGUGAAUCUUAAUAGAUUUUUUUCCACAACCUCACUUUUUUGUUCGCUGACCCCUCCUCCACUGAUACCAGUUCCUCAGGUGGGGACGAAACGUAAACAUAUAUACAUACUACUGGUUAGUAUAUAUCUGUAUGUAUAUACAAGAAUAUCAUAACCCGGCAGAUAAAACACAUGCUUAAAACUACCAUUUGAUUAAUGUCGCUUUUGGAAUUGCAUAGAAUUGACCAGCAAUUUCGAAACUACCGCAAAAAAAGUAUGGCUGUGGAAUGGUUUGAACAGUGAAGGAUGCCUUACAGUGGCUGCUCUCUAGGUUAGGCUAUCCCGCAAGGAUGCUAAAAUCAAGAAGUCUAAACCUCAGGUUCGUUUUCUAUACUCCUUGAAAACAGGGCAGCCAACCGUUCCGAAUUCUUCAUCAUUCGUAUAGUGUCGUAUUUUCUGAGUGCAUUUGAUUUUUUUCUACAAUGUGUGAAAGUUAUACUGUACAUUAUUGUAAAUUUACUAUGAAAAAUGGUUUGUGUCUAUGUAUAAUUGAAUUAUUAGUCGUUAAUGAAAGUAAGUAUAUCAUGCUCAAUAAAAUAGUAUAACUUUUCUUGUUGGUCUGGCUUUCUGUAAAUAAUUUAUUGUCAUUUUUUUUCCGGAGAGUAGGAUAGCGUUAGGAUCGUGGUAGCUACUCGGAUUUAUGUUUUGGGAUUUCGUAUUAAUCCCCAGCCUUUUUGCAAUAGGAUUUAUAGAUACUUUUAGCUCAAAUCCUAAGGUAGGCUAAACCUGAUAAAGGAAAGUAGUAGCGGUGGAAUCGACUGCCUCAUGAUUAUAAAAAAAUUCGUUUAUACAGAUUUGAAGGACCUCUCCGAAAUGUAAAUAAAGAUUCCCGUUUUCUUUCGAUUCAGCGAGACCCGUUUUCCCUCACUUAGAGGACCUCUCUAAAUCGUAAACAAAGAUUCCCGUUUUCUUUCAAUUCAGCGAGACCCGUUUUCCCUCACUUAGAGGACCUCUCUAAAACGUAAACAUUGACUCUCAUUUUCUAUACAUUCAGCGAGACUCCAUUUUCUCUCUAUAGGUCAUGCAAUAAUAUUCAUUUUUGUCGUCGGGCGGUCGGCCGCGUUAAGAUAGAUGUACCGUAGAUGUGACAAAAGAGGCAACAAGAGCUGUAUUUAGAGUUGUGAUGAUGAUGGAGUUCCACGUCUUUGAUGUCUGUGAUGUUCUGUGAUUGCGUUGGUAAAGAUGCUUCGCUUAGGGGUGAGCGUCUGACUGUCUACGCCAGUCUUGGGAAGAGUCGAGAAUGAUUGGCUGUUUGAUGGCUCAGAGAUUUGUCGACGAGAGCCAGAAUAACUGGCUGAAUAAGGCGACUGUCUACAUGUCAGUAGAGCUGAAGACUGGUUCAAUAAGGCGACUGUCUACAUGUCAGUAGAGCUGAAGACUGGCUCAAUAAGGCGAACUGCCUACAUGUAGCCCAAUUACAAAUCUGACUCAUGUGCAAUAUCUCCAUCAAAAACAAGCAGUUGUUUUAGAUGUAAACAAAACAGAAGACUGGCUAUUGAAUGGAUAUAGAGCUCUACAUCUAGACAAAACAGGAAAACCGGUUGUCAAAUGGUUGCAGAUCUCUUGAAAUAAACGACUGCAUAAAUAUAACCCAGUUGGGAGUUCCCUGGAAGAUUGGCUGAAGAAAGCCAGAGCUAUAGCCCCCCGCGCGAACGGAUAUAACUUUGUAUAUGUUGAAUUUUUCUUUGUAUAGCUUCUUCAGUAUUACCCUAUGUGACGUAGGGAGUGUUAUAUAAAUGAUAAUAAUCACGGUUAUAAAUGCAA